AAAGAAUCUGGGCAGUUGCGGAGAACGCUUUUUGCUCAUCCUUCGAGACAAACUCAUCGACUCUCUUUUGUCAGUCCUCUGACACAGAGAGCUGGACUGGUUAUCUCCGCUCGUUUGCCCCUCAGGCACACCCUGGAGAUUUUAAACCUUGAACACUCUUAUAGGACGACCGGAUUGUCCUCUACGCUCUUUAAAUCGUUUACGACCGUGAAGUUCAUCUCUGAUUUCAACUGCUUUUUGCUUCGCUCUCUGCUUUGAAUCUUUAUCAGCUCCAGUCAUCCCUAUCAGCCUUCCAAAUCGGUACCCAUAAUGAGCUACCAACCGGAAGACCCCUCAGCGGGAGUUGAAACUGACGAGAUUGCACUCGGCCGCGCACGUCCACGCCGACAUGAUGACGAAGAUGAAGGCUCUGAUACCUUUGAAGAUGACGACAUGGAAAGCACAGUCGGUGCACCCACAAACGGGAAUCAGAAGUCCCAAGGAAAUGGAGAGGAGGAAAUAGAGCUCCCUGCUCAUGCAUGCGCAUACUGCGGUAUUCACAACCCGAGCAGCGUCGUCAAAUGUCUUUCGUGCAAUAAGUGGUUCUGCAGUGCACGUGGCAAUACCUCUUCUUCCCAUAUCGUCAAUCACCUUGUCCGAGCUCGUCAUAAGGAAGUCCAGCUCCACCCGGGCUCUUCUUUGGGUGAUACUAUUUUGGAAUGCUACAACUGUGGCACCAAAAAUGUAUUUUUGCUUGGCUUCAUCCCCGCGAAAUCUGAUACCGUUGUUGUUUUGCUUUGUCGGCAGCCAUGUGCCUCUAUGCCAUCCUCCAAGGACAUGAAUUGGGACACUUCACGAUGGCAGCCUCUUAUUGAGGAUCGUUCUUUCCUUCCCUGGCUCGUGGGAGCACCCACUGACCAUGAACAACUCCGAGCCCGUCACCUCAGUCCUCAAUUGAUUGCGAAACUGGAGGAAAUGUGGAAAGAUAACUCUCAGGCGACCCUGGAAGACCUAGAGAAGGCCACAGCAGUAGAUGAUGAGCCUGCGCCAGUCCUACUUCGCUACGACGAUGCUUUCCAAUACCAAAAUAUUUUCGGGCCACUUGUUAAGAUCGAGGCUGAUUACGACCGCAAGUUGAAGGAAUCUCAAUCCCAAGAUGGGCUCAUUGUCCGCUGGGAUCUUGGUCUCAACAACAAGCACCUCGCAAGCUUUGUGCUGCCCAAGCUUGAGCUGGGAGAUGUCAAAUUGGCUGUGGGUGACGAGAUGCGCAUCAAGUACAAUGGUGAAUUGCGUCCCAAGUGGGAGGGUGUAGGCUAUGUCAUCAAGAUCCCGAACAAUCAAUCUGAUGAGGUCACUAUCGAACUACGCGCCAAGGGCGACCACAAGUCAGUUCCCACCGAAUGCACGCACAACUUCAUGGCCGACUAUGUUUGGAAAUCGACUUCCUUCGACCGCAUGCAAUGUGCUAUGAAGACAUUUGCCGUGGAUGAGCAGAGUGUCUCAGGCUACAUCUUCCAUCGCCUUCUUGGCCACGAGGUUGCUGCAGCCCCUAUGAAGACCCAGAUUCCGAAGAAAUUUAGUGUUCCAGGUCUGCCAGAUCUGAACGGCAGUCAAAUCAACGCCGUUAAGAGUGUCCUCCAGCGACCUCUCAGUUUGAUCCAAGGUCCUCCCGGAACUGGUAAGACCGUUACCUCCGCCACCAUUAUCUAUCACCUUGCCAAAAUCAAUGGAGGCCAGGUUCUUGUCUGCGCUCCAUCCAACGUUGCCGUUGACCAGCUCUGCGAACGUAUCCACCGGACGGGUCUCAAGACCGUGCGAGUUACUGCUAAAUCUCGCGAGGAUGUGGAAUCUGCCGUUGGUUUCCUUUCGCUGCACGAGCAGGUUCGUAUGAACGAUAGCAACAUUGAGCUAGUGAAACUCAACCAGCUCAAGGCCGAACUUGGGGAAUUGUCCAGCCAAGACGAAAAGCGCCUGAAGCAACUUACUCGCUCUGCUGAGCGUGAAAUUUUGACUAACGCGGAUGUGAUCUGCUGUACUUGUGUUGGUGCAGGUGAUCCUCGUCUUUCAAAGGGUAAGUUCCGCACUGUCCUGAUUGACGAAUCGACCCAAUCUGCUGAGCCCGAGUGUAUGAUCCCCCUGGUUUUGGGCUGCAAACAAGUUGUGUUGGUUGGUGAUCACCAGCAACUUGGCCCCGUGAUCAUGAACAAGAAGGCCGCCAAGGCUGGUCUGAACCAGUCUCUGUUCGAGCGUCUCGUCAUCUUGGGCUGCUCUCCUAUUCGCUUGAAUGUCCAGUACCGUAUGCACCCGUGCCUUUCGGAAUUCCCAUCCAACAUGUUCUACGAAGGCUCGCUACAGAACGGUAUCACCAUUGCUGAUCGUGUCCGCCGUGACGUUGACUUCCCUUGGCCCAUCAUUGAUGAUCCCAUGAUGUUUUGGUCAAACCUGGGCAAUGAAGAAAUCUCCGCAUCAGGCACCUCGUAUCUUAACCGUACUGAAUCUACCAACGUCGAGAAGAUUGUCACACGCUUCUUCAAAGCAGGUGUUCAGCCUAGGGACAUCGGUAUCAUCACUCCAUACGAGGGACAGCGAAGCUACAUUGUCAGCUCCAUGCAGGCAAAUGGCACCUUCAAGAAGGAACAUUACAAAGAGAUUGAGGUUGCGUCGGUCGAUGCAUUCCAGGGCAGAGAGAAGGAUUACAUUAUCCUUUCUUGUGUUCGUUCCAAUGAUCACCAAGGUAUUGGUUUCCUGAGCGAUCCUCGUCGUCUCAACGUGGCCCUUACUCGUGCUCGAUUUGGUCUCGUCAUCCUCGGAAACCCCAAGGUCUUGUCUAAGCACCCAUUGUGGAACUGCCUUCUGCAGCACUUCAAGGAACGCCACUGUCUCGUGGAGGGGCCCCUGUCCAACCUUCAGGAGUCCUUGAUUCAAUUCAGCCGGCCCAAGCAAGCAUACAGAGGUCCGCAGCGCUUCCAGAUGUCUUUCAGUCAGACAAAUAAUGCUCCAAACAAUGCAGUGAAUGGCCGCAACGGCGGUCACCGCAAUGAGUAUCAUGACUCCGGGUCUGUGGUGGGCUAUAUCCCCGACGACGUAUCUUCUGUUCACGGUUCGGCACUUGGUGGUGUUGGUCUUCCAUCUGGCUACCCCCCUAUGUUCCAGAAUUUCGGCGAGUCCUGGCCUGCGAUUCCUGGCGGUCGUCGCGCAAACGGUGGCCGACCCAAGGGAGCCCCCAGUGUGGCUGGCGAGUCAGUCGCUGCCACUGAGUCUGAUGUCACGUGCAGCGUCACUGACGGACGGAGCGUUGAUCAGGGCGGUGUCAGUCUCACUGGUCUGAGCAUUAAUGAUAUGAGCAAGCAGGCCAGUCUCAGCCAAUCUGACCGAUUGAAGCGCUACGUCGAGUCUGGCGGACGCGAGCCUUACAGGGCUGGAGUUCCGGACAACGGCAGCAUCUUUGGGGGCAGCUCCGCUAGCAUUCGCGUGACUCGCGGCGCGCCGGGCCAGAACCCUCACGACGACGAUGAUGCCCGUAGCGUCUCUACUGCUUUCGCUAGCCAAGUUGGUGGCAACUAUGACUGAGCGACUUUUGUGUCCAACAUUUCCCAGGGCAACCUCCAACAGGUUCGCCCGUCUUACCACUCGGCGAAGCAAUGUCCGUGCAUACUAUCAGGGUUCUUUCCAACAGAGUCUGCCCGCCCGUUUCUUUUAUGCCGACCAGGACUUUGGAUCGGCAAAGCCAAGACUUUUCGGAUGCUUAUCCCCGGGUCCUUUUAACCUGCUACCAAAGCACCGUUCUGUCCGUCGAAGGAUUGCUCCCUGGGUCUGAUCCCUCACCAUUGUCACCGUGACAUUCUUACAAGGCGUGACUUUCGGGGAUGAGGCGACAGACAUUGACCCUCCAGUAUUUUCCGGUUGAAGGAAUACUGAAAACUCACCCGUCGAUUGCCGAUGCCCAGUUCAGAUAGCCCCGGUAACAAUUACUGGGCAACUCUGUGAAUUUACCCCUACCCCUUGGCUAUGUAUCAUACUUGCUAUCUUUAUCUCUUAGGUAGUCAGGUAUUAGCUUAAAAAAACAAUGCCAGUUAUGAUCCCACACUUUUUUUCCAUGUCGUAGGCACAAUAUGACAAAAACCAACAACUAAGCCAACCUUCCAAGGUUGGAAUCUUCGCCGGCUUAUGUUCCGAGUAAGGGCUAAAGUCAUUGCUCCGCUUAAGCUUCCCCUACCAGCCUUACUGUCGUAAUA